GUCAGACAACGGGGAGGGCAGGCUCUUUGGGGAGGGGGAUUUUUUGAUGAUAAUGAGAUAGUCAGCUAGCUAUACAGUUAGCAAUUUCCUUAUCAAAUUAUCCUACCUUGCCUUAAGAGUUAUAGUAUCUCUUAUAGGUGUACGUCUACAACUAAGACUUUAAAGAUAUUCUCCUUAGAACAAGCCAGUUUGAUUGCUAAAUAAAGGGAUGUCAAAGCGUCUGCGGAAUAGAGAGGUCUGCGCUGAUUGUAGCGCCCCGGGUCCUUGCUGGGCCUCAGUCAACAGGGGAGUUCUGAUCUGUGAUGAGUGCUGCAGCAUCCAUCGGGGUCUGGGCCGACACAGUUCCCAAGUCCGACACCUGACCCAUACGCCAUGGCCCCCCUCCCAGCUACAGAUGGUUCAGACAUUGUACAGCAAUGGGGCCAACUCCAUCUGGGAGCACAGCCUUCUGGACCCAUCGUCUGUCUCUAGUGGGAAACGGAAGGCCAACCCCCAGGACAGAGUCCAUCCCCAUAAAACGGAUUUCAUCAAAGCCAAAUAUCAGAUGCUGGCGUACGUCCAUCGGAUGCCGUGUCGAGAGGAUGACAGUGUCACCACCAAGGACCUCAGCAAGCAACUCCACUCCAGCGUUCGCACUGGGAACCUGGAGACGUGCCUGAGACUGUUGUCUUUGGGAGCCCAGGCUAACUUCUUCCACCCGGAAAAGGGUAACAGUCCCCUGCAUGUAGCAGCUAAGGCCGGCCAGGUGUCACAAGCAGAGCUGCUGGCGGUGUACGGGGCAGAUCCCGGUGCCUUAGACACAGGGGGGAAGACCCCUAUUGACUACGCAAGACAAGCAGGGCACCAGGAGCUGGCAGACAGGUUGCUGGAGAUACAGUAUGAACUCACGGACCGCCUGGCAUUUUACCUCUGUGGGAGAAAGCCUGAUCAUAGAAAUGGACAGCACUUCAUAAUCCCACAAAUGGCUGACAGAAAUGUCAGUCUGGAUCUGUCAGAAUUUGCGAAAGCGGCAAAGAAAAAACUCCAGUCUCUCACUAACCAUCAGUUUGAAGAGCUUGCAAUGGACGUUUACGAUGAGGUAGACAGAAGAGAAAUGGAUGCAGUGUGGCUGGCUACUCAGAACCACAGCUCUCUGGUGACCGACACAACUGUGGUGCCUUUCCUCCCUGUCAACCCUGAGUACUCAUCCACCAGGAACCAGGGCAGACAGAAACUAGCCAGGUUCAAUGCACAUGAAUUUGCAACGCUCGUAAUUGACAUUUUAACAGAUGCCAAACGUCGACAACGGGGGACCUCCUGUGAAAGCCCCAGAGAGGACAUAGAACUCAUCCUGAAGGGAAUCGGCAGCCGCCAUGGGAGUGAGAGCCAGGACAAUGAAGACCAGCCAGAUUACGACAGCGUGGCGUCAGAUGAAGAUCUAGAACGGGAACCAACAUCAGGGAACAAUGGCAAAGAAGGACGCACCAAGAGCUCUGAGUCAUCAGACCUCUCUGAUGGGCCAAUCACAGUUCAGGAGUUCCUGGAGGUUAAGAGUGCCCUUACUGCCUCAGAGGCCAAGAUACAGCAGUUGCUGAAGGUCAACUGUCACCUGAGCGAGGAGCUCCGGAUGAUGCAGACAAAGCUGAACUCCCUUCAGACCGAGAACUCCUCCCUGCGGUGGCAGAGUGGCCCACAGCACUCCCAGGACCCUUCGGGCUGCCCCCCGGUCCGAGGAGGCCGCCCCAUGUCCAUGUACGAGACGGGCUCAGGCAUGAAGCAGUACCCCCACCGGGGCGAGCCUCCUCGCCGCAACAACGGCCUCAACCUCCAGCCCCUCCCUACAAAUAUUGGGAGGGGUCCUUUGGGGACUGCCUCGUCCUCCCUCCCUACCUUCCCCUCCUCCCUGUCCUGGUCGCGGGAUGAGAGAGCUCGAAGGGGUUGUAGCCUGGAGGGCCACGGCAGCGUGCUGGAGAGCGACUAUGACAACGCUCCGAAACACUCCGGCCCGGAGGAGUCCGGCGUGGGCAGGAACUGUCGGCUGGUCGGCAGCAGCACGUCGGAACAGGGCCAGGCGGAGGACGGGAGUGAGGCUGACUCCACCCUGCCCUGCACCGAGGACGUCAUCUGUAGAACUGAGCAGAUCACCAAGAACAUCCAGGAGCUGCUGAGAGCCGCGCAGGAGAACAAACACGAGAGCUCCAGUCCAGGAAGUCUUGGUUGCUUCUCUGGCCUGCUGCCCUGCUGUGAGGCAGGCGGAUGCAAACAGGCCUGUCUCAACAGCCUGGAGCCCUGUUUCGACAGGGCCACCCAGGGCUGUCUCUCUACCCUGCUGGCCUGCUCUGAGGGUGUGGAGAGGGCCCCGGCUUCCUCUGUCCAGACGCCCCCUGGCUCGGGGUCUGGCACCUGCUUUGUACCAUGCUCCGAAAGGAUCCAUGUGGCUGUGAGGGAGAUGGCCACGUUGUUUCCUAAGAGGCCCUACUCAGACACCGUCCGAGGGUCUCUGCGACUGCUCACCUCUAGUGCUAGCCGGCUCCAGGAGGAGUGCCAGAAGGCCACGCCCCAUGACCCUUGCCCCUCUGACAUGCAGCUGGUCACGCAGCAGGUCAUACAGUGCGCCUACGACAUCGCCAAGGCUGCCAAGCAACUUGUCACUGUGACAACCAAAGAAAACAGCAACUGAUUUUUAACCCAAAGACUAACAUCCCUCUUGGAUUUUUCCUUAGAUUAUAUGCUAAUUGCAAGUUAUCAGUGUUUAUCAGUGUUACGGUUAUGUUAUUUGUAUGCUGCCAUUUUUAUUUAAAGUAUUCAAUCGGUCAUAGUAGAUUUCUAGUGAAGAGCGUUUACAGAAAGUAUACCUUGUGAAACAAUUGGCCAACCCAGGGCUUUGUUGUUGGGUUUAUCUGUUUGCUGGAGUAUAAGAGCCUGCCAAGGGCUUACCUCAAAGGAGACAUGCUAGUAGUUGCAUUAAAGUUACUAAACAGUUUUGCAACGUUACUCAUUUAAACUUAAGGUGGCUAAACAUUUCUAUGCUUAUUGGGAUGCUCGGCUUUAAAGCUCUCUGCUAUGCACCAAUGACUCAUGGAUGUCCAGUUAUUUCAAACAGUUAGCUUUAAUGCCGAACUCAUUGGGAUCUUGUACAUAGCUAAGUGGAAUACUGCCUCAUGAGCCAUGAUUCAUACGUCCAUUACAAUGUUUUCCUCCAGGUAUUAUCCAUAAAUGCUUGUUUUUUUGUUUCAUGCCAAAGCCAUAAAGGUAAGGACAACUGCCUAGCCAGUUUACCAUUGUUUAGGUGAAGCCACUCCAAUAUACAUUUACCUCACAUACACAUGCCCAAUAUACAUUUUGUUUUAGUGUAGUGUGUUUUUAAAAGAAAGAAAAUACCUUUAUCCCAAAGGGAUACUCAAAAUGGCCAACCCAAAAUCUUUAUUGUUUUAUCUUUUAUACAAAAGUAUGAAAAUGUAAAAAUAUCUAUUCUUAAUUCAUAUAACCCUAAUCUAUAUUAUAUUUAUGAAUACAAUAUCUCACCUAUCUAACAAAUUGUCAACAUUUAUUUUCGUAAAAUGUAUGUUUAACAGUUAAAGUUAACUCUUAUUUCGGGCUGUUUUACGAUAUGCAAGUCUUCAUCUUGGUGAUAUCUCCUAUACACCCUUUGUAUUUAUAACCACCGGCAAUUAGUCGUGAUCCUGAUCUGUGUGUGUUGUGUGUGUGGUGCUAAACCUAGCCUAUGCCUUUGUGUGUCUCGUGCCUUGCAUUGUCAUUAUUAUGCUGCUAGUGGUCAAAAGUGCAACUAGUAGGGUUUUAAGAUGUUAAAGCAUUGAUCCUUUCAUUGUACCCUAAUUGUGGGCCGUUACUGUCAUGUGAGGGUCAUGUGUUGCCAGGGGGAUGUGGGACAGAUGAUAAAUUGUGUGCCAUUAAGUGUUAUAUGAGCCAGACAAACACAGUUAUACCGUUACCGCCGUUGGGGUUGACAUAAACACCUGCCUUUUAAAGUAAUAAACUUUAAUUUCUAACUCAA